CAGAAAUGGCCUCUUCGGAGGAUGUUAACGUCCGGAUUUGCGCACAAGAAAUUAUAAAAUAUGACCUGGAGAUUAAAGCUCUCAUUCAGGACAUCAUUGUCUGUCCUGGACCUCAGACAGCUCUCACAGAGCUUAACUCUCAGGUCAAGAACAAAUUUAACAAGCUGAGACUCAGGAUACAGGAUCUAGAGCAGAUGGCUCAAGAGCAAGAUACAGAGCUGGACAGGAUGUCCAUCCUCACAGAGAUGGAGAGCCAGAGACGCCAAAUGCUGAGCAAUCAGACGGCAUGGAGAAAAGCCAACCUGGCCUGUAAACUAGCCAUAGAUAAGACGGAAAAAGACGAGCUUCUGCACGGAGGAGACAGCCCAAGCACCAGGCAGAGGAAGGUGACCAAAGAAACGUUAGUGGAAAGCAGCAGCAGCAUCACAGAAAGUCUGAUGUCCAUCAGCCGGAUGAUGUCAGAGCAGGUGAAGCAGAGUGAGGACACCAUCGGCAGUCUUGCUACCUCCUCUAGAACAGUGCAGGAAACCAACGAGGAGUUCAGAAACAUGACGGGAACCAUCCACCUGGGGAGGAAACUGAUUUUAAAGUACAACCGCAGGGAGCUCACAGACAAGCUGCUCAUCUUCUUGGCUUUAGCGCUUUUCUUUGCCACUGUGCUCUACAUCCUGAAGAAGCGCCUCCUCCCCUUCAUUUAA